GCUUCCGCCAUCAGGGUCGUGGAUAUAUCGGGCGGCUGCGGCGCCAUGUACGAAAUUCACAUCGAGUCCGAGGAGUUCAAGGAGAAGCGGACGGUGCAGCAGCACCAGAUGGUGAACGAGGCACUGAGCGAGGAGAUCAAGAGCAUGCACGGACUGCGCAUCUUCACCUCCACCCCCAGGCCCCGGUGA